AGCGAGAUGGCGUGUUUAGACCUGCAUCCAAUGAAACCAAAGUGAAAGCAGCCAAAGACGCUGUACAUGGUCACUUGAAAAAGAUUACGCAGAGAUUUUCUCAGGUAUUGAAUCACAAAGGCUUGAGCGGCAUGUACAUCGACUAUGCGGAAACAUCUGCCAAAGGAAUCCAAGACGUAUUGGACAUACUGAGUGAUCCAGAAAGAUUGCCUGCCCUGAUUCACUGCGAACAAGGAAAGGACAGAACCGGAGUUAUCAUCGCCAUGGUUUUAUCUGCCUGUGGCGUGGAUCGUCAGGUAAUCGUGGAUGAUUAUAGCAAGUCUCGUCAAGGCCUCGUUAUUGAGUAUGAAGACGUCAAGGAUGAAAUGAACGACUUGGGACUUGAUGAUGAGUUUGCGAAGACAAGACCAGAAGCUAUCGAAAAUAUGUUUGUUCAUCUCGAGGAAACCUAUGGUUCAGUGGCCACCUUUUUGGAGACUAAAUGCAGCGUAAAGCCCGGUGUUUUCAGCAAGUUGUACGCAAACCUUGCCGCUUGAUUUCUGCAACAUGAAGGACGAGGUCUUCAUUCAAAUUGUGCAAUUUAAUCCUUAUUGUGUAGAGAGCUAUGCCAAUUCUCAUAACCUGAAAAUCAUAUCGAUUCUCGUAACCUGACACCUACUGUACUAAAAAAGCUUUAAUUCCUUAAAAUCAAUAGUUAUUAAAAAGCUGAUUUAAUAUUGCACCCUAGGAAGUC